AUGGUUAGAGAAACGAAAUUUUACGACCUCUUGGGCGUCGCAGUGGACGCCAACGACACCCAAAUCAAAAAGGCAUACAGAAAACAGGCGUUGAAAUACCACCCCGACAAAAAUCCCAGUUCAGAAGCAGCUGAAAAGUUUAAAGAACUUACCGUGGCGUACGAAGUGCUCAGCGACUCAGAAAAGCGUAACAUCUACGACCAAGUGGGAGAAGAAGGCUUGAGCGGCGGAGGCGGUGGAGCCGGAGGAUUUGGUGGGUUUGGCGGAUUCGGAGACGACAUUUUCUCGCAGUUUUUCGGCGGCGGCGGUGCCCAAAGACCAAGAGGCCCUCAAAGAGGUAAGGACAUCAGACACGAAAUGGCAGCAACGCUAGAGGAGCUGUACAAAGGCAGAACUGCGAAACUCGCCCUAAACAAACAGGUUUUGUGCAGUGGGUGUAACGGUCGCGGUGGCAAAGAAGGCGCCGUCAAAAAGUGUGUCUCUUGUAACGGUCAGGGUAUGAAGUUUGUGACCAGACAGAUGGGUCCUAUGAUCCAGCGAUUCCAGGUGGAGUGUGACGCAUGUCACGGUACCGGUACCAUCAUCGACCCUAAGGACCGUUGUAAAGUCUGCAACGGUAAGAAGGUGGCUAACGAAAGAAAGAUCUUGGAAGUGCACAUCGAACCGGGUAUGAAAGACGGCCAAAAAAUCGUUUUCCAAGGCGAAGCCGACCAGGCCCCAGAUAUCAUUCCCGGAGACGUCGUUUUUGCCAUCACACAAAGACCUCACAAACAUUUCGAAAGAAAGGGCGACAACCUACACUAUCUAGCGGAAGUUGAUCUUCUCACCGCUGUGGCCGGUGGUGAAUUUGCCGUCGAGCACGUGUCUGGCGAAUGGCUCAAGGUUGGUAUUGUUGCUGGUGAGGUUAUCUCUCCAGGUAUGACCAAAGUCAUCGAGGGCAAGGGUAUGCCAAUUCAGAAAUACGGUGGUUACGGUAACUUGAUCAUCACUUUCAAGGUAAAUUUCCCACAAAACCAUUUUGCCGACGAAGAGUCGUUGAAGAAACUAGAGCAGAUCUUACCACCAAGAAACGUCCCAACCUUCCCCAAGAGUGCUGACGUGGAAGAGUGCGUGUUGAGUGAUUUCGAUCCAUCCAGGCACUCUGCUUCUCAAUCUUACGGUAGAGGCUCCAACUACGAUUCUGAUGAUGAAGAAAAGGGUGGGGCUGAAGGCGUCCAGUGUGCAUCCCAGUGA